AUGACCUGUGUAGCAGGGAAAAUGACGGACGACGGGCUGAUAGAAGAGACAAGAUCUCGGGAACUCUGCCCUUUUAUUUUUCAGGUGGUGGCCGUGUUUCUUAGCUCCUUCACGCUGGUGGCUAUGAGUGUGGAUCGUUACAUGGCCAUCCUGAAUCCGCUGCGCCCCAAAAUGUCCAAGCGUGUCUUCGCUGUUACCGUGGCCAUUAUCUGGAUUCUGGCUUUUGCUGCGCCCCUCCCCACCGCCAUUACUUCCAGGGUGGUCUUCAAGGAGGGCCACACCAACGGGUUGUGCCUGGAGGAGUUUGAGGAUGAAUACAACAAAUACAUAUAUAGGUGA